CAAAGAUCGUCAUCGUCCUCCGGCAUAGAAAGAGAUACAGGGUAGCAAGCUGCAUCUUCACGGAGUUUUAGCCUGAAAAUGCCGAAGAAGAACAAAUCGAAGAAGUCCAAAUCUUCAGCCGAGGAGAAGCCUGCUGUAGAGAAGGAGAAGACGCAGAUCUUGCCAUCUUCCGCAUCGAAAAAGCUAAAAUCCGGCAGCGAAAUCGAAGAAAUCUUCGCCGGAAAGAAGAGAAAGAAGCCGGAAAAAGCUUCCGAUGAGGGAGACGCGCAUUCCAUGCCGAAGAAGACUCCGGUGAAGGAAAAGGACAACAAAGUCCGCAAAGAAAACGAGUCGGCGUCCGGGUCAAGGCCAAGGAAGAAGACCGGCGAUGGGUUCACUGUUUAUACGGAAGAGGAAUUGGGUAUCAAUAAAGCCGAUGCCGGAGGUACUCGUCUCUGUCCUUUUGACUGUGACUGUUGUUUUUGAGGUAUUCUAUGGAAAAAAUUGAAUGGCAAAAAAGAAAAAAACAGGAAAUGUUUCAUUUGUAUUGACGGAAAUUUUAAGAAUUAUCCUAGUGAAUUUUCAGACUCCAUUUUGCAGUUCUAUUGAUUUCAAUUAAUGGUUGUAUAAAUCAAAGAACAAAAAAAUGUAUGAAAUUUUAAGAAAAAAACCCCUUUUUU